GUCGACCAGUAGAGGAGGAAGAUGGCGGCAGGCGAGAUGGUGGCGUUUCCGGGAGGGCUGGAUGUGAGCAAUGAGCUGCCGUGGGCUGUGUUGGUGGCUGGCGAGCAUCAUUCGAUUGUGGGCGAGGGAGGGACCAUGGGUGCCCAUGUCUCGUUAGCGUACAUCGGAAGGGCAUACACUACGCUGCGGAAGCUGCUUCCUCGAGAUCGAAUCGUGGUCAUUGCGCAGGCAAAGGAGACGAUGGCGUGGUUGAACAAGGCGGCGAGCACGGGCCUGCCACUCUUCUCGCCGUCGAUGGACGAGGCGAGAUCGGCGUCGCGAUGGGCUGAGCGUGAGGCCGAUAUGGCCGAGGCUGUCGAGAUGCUCAUGGCAGAGGGAGGCGCAAACUAUGACGGACAAGAUGUCAAUCCGCAGACGGUGUUGAACGUGCUGCGUGGGCUGGAAGGCGGGCGAUCGGUCUUGUUUGCCAUCUACUCGCACGGAUGGUCGCACUACGUGAUGGAGAAGGACGAUCCGGCACUGAGCACGCUCCUAGCGACGACGCCAUGCGAUCUGUGUGGGGACGUGCACAUGCCCGAGUUGACAUACAAUCACGAGCACUCAUCGACGCUCACACGCGAGUUCUAUGCUCACAUGCCGUACGCUUCGCCGGACGACGAGGCCUACGGGGCGGUCUCGCACUCGCACAUGCCGCAUGCGCUCAAGUACUUGUACUUUCAGCAGCUGUUUGAAACGUACGCGGCGCUGAUUGCAGACCGGCCGAACCGGCCGAUUGUGGCGCUGUACAACUUUUGCGGGUCGGGCGGGAUGACUAAGUUCCUCUCGCGGGAGUCGUACCGGCGGUACCACGGAGUCAGCACGUGGCCGCUGUACGGGAUGACGUCGUCAGGUGAGAUGGAGUCGUCGAUUGUGGGCCUCUUUCCGAUCUGGUUCGAGCUCCUCGACGCGGCAGCCCGCGAGGCUGCGCUGGCCACAACGACGCUUGCGGAUCUGUUCAAGGCGGUGGAGGCGACGUAUCUGGAGCGCAAUCCGGAGCUUGUGUGGCAGGAGGAGAUAAUUUCAACACCGUGCAUCUCGUGUCUGCAGUUUCAGGGCAAGACACGGUUUAAGCGCCUCUGCUCGCAGUGCUACGUGCAGUACAGCGAGGAUCCGAGUCGGUUUGAUAUGCGGGCGCUCCGGGCACGGGCGCAUGGCGCUGGCCAAGUCGAUCGCGCGUCGGACGAGGUGUCGUCGAUAGCGUACAACCAGCAGAUCCACCAGGUUGUGGCCAAUCCGACGGUUGCCGACUGCUCUCUGGAUGCCUUGUUUGUUCCAUGAUUGCUGUCGUGAUCUGCGGGGGAGUGGAUGGGGUGUGGAGAGGCGGAGUUGCGCGACAAUGCCCACGAUAUCUGAAUGCAGGCAGUAGAUAGGAAUACAGAUAACGUCAUAACCAAAGACUAAAGAGAACAAAGUGA